UGGCCUGGCCUGCUGAAUCUGCGGAGGAGGAAAAAGAGUUUAUAUGGUGAAACUAGUAUCAGACUGCGACUGACAAAGAUUUCUGAAUCUCGGAAGAGCAGGGAAACAUCUUUUAUUUAGGAAUGUAAACGAGAGACUAAAAUUUAUUAUGUAAAUAAUUUUGUCACUGAUCCUCUUUUAAUGACAUCUUACUCAAUAUUAUAGAGUGUUGCUAGCUGGUGACACUUAACUUUGCAAACAGAGCUAAAAGGAAUGAAUAACAGUAUUUUUUAAGACUCUAGACAUAUUUUAGAAAUGCUGAUAUCAUUAAGGUAUGAAAUUUGAAAAUGUUUGAAAUAUGCAUUUAUGAAAACAACCUAAAGAUUGUAAUGAAACAACUACUGUAUUCUAAAUGUUUUGUAUUAAGAACAUAAAGAUAAUAAUUUGUGAAAUGUGGCCGUUUCUUAGUUAAGAAAUUGACCUUACUACACUCUCUUUUUAUAAGAACCAGUAAAAUGGAUUUCAGUAUGGCUGUUCUUAAUUUGUUCGAAAAUUUGAGGAUUAUUCUUAAUUUUUUUUUACCGUUAGGGUGUAAGAAGUGCAAUUGCCAGCUCUAGGGAGAUGUUCAGGCCUUGUUUGCCAAAUAAGGCCUGAACAUCCACGAGACAUAAUUUAUUCGCCGGAAAGUGGGAAAAUUCUCCGAAAAGAUUACCCCUAGAUGAAAAAAUCUCCUUUUUAGGAUUAAAAUCUCUUAAAGGGGUCUCGCAGCAUUGCUCAGAAACACAUUUUACAGUAGCUAGGUGUUUAUCAUCGUCAGGAGUUGGGGACAAGCUAUACUUUAUCGAUUGUAUGCCCAAAACAAAGAAAAGUACGUGGCGGUAAAAGGGUCGAACGCAUCCAAAGAUCAAUGAAAAAUAGAAACAAAAUACCCCGUGUUGAUUGUUUAUAUUACCUACACCUUUUUUUGCUUUAUUUUAGGUUUUAAUGCCUGGGAAAUGAUAAACUCUUGGAGUACUGUAUUAAAAUUCUACGGAAUGGCCUAGGCCAGCCAUUAAACUCCGGCCCGCGGGCCAACUACGGCCCGCAGCAAAAUUUCAUCCGGCCCGCCGAAUGCUUUUCACCUCGAAAAUAUUUUUUGCCAACAUUUGGAAUUCUAUUUAUCUUUGGUUUCUUUUGUCCUCUUUGAUAUUUUUCUUUUUCUCUGUAGUAAAUUUUAAAUGCGUUCCGUGGACAGUUACUGGUCCACAAGAGAGUACCGAAAUAGGAAAUGCUUUUUUAAUUGAUUGAUCGUUUUAUAGCGUUUAAUUAACUGUUUUUUAAUUUAUGUCUUUUCUCCAUCGUACACGCUGUUAUGCAUUCAUUCUAAAACCUUGCGAGACUUUUCCUUUCACUAACGAACGAUCAACCUUCUGGCCUAAAAAUAGCAUAGAACGAUUUUCUGACUCAGCCUAGUGCAAGAAACAUGAAGUUACAAAACCUUUGUGAAAACUAUUUUUUGGGUUUAUGCUAAGGUAGAUAAAAUAGGCAGGCACGAAAUAAUAGGCAUGCCUAUCUUAUCACUAACUUAGCCUGGUAAAAAUGAGAUCUGAGUUUCUUUUUGAGCAGCCUUUUAACACGAGGUAUGUAAAAGUUGAAAACCAACUGGCCCUCGAAGAAAAUCUAUAUGUUUUUCUGGUCCGGCACUUAAAAUAAUUAAGAACCCCCUGGCCUAAGCAAUUGCCUUGAGGACUAUAGCAAAAUACAAUAUGACGUAUAAUCAAUGAAUGAUAAUACGAUAGAAAGCAUUUUACACUAGUAGUUUUGUUAUCUUGCUUCUGUUCCUCAGAAUACAUUUUUUGCGGGAAGGCCAUCUUUUGCGCUUGAAAAUGGCUACAGCUGGUCCUUCAAGAGGAAAGCCGGCAAUGACAGCCCCAGGGAGCCAAGGUUCGAAGGCAUCAGACAACAUUCAUGGCAUUUUCAACAAAUCUUCCAAAUCAAAGCCUUCGAAAAAGAAAAGAACAGCAGCUGCAGUAACAAUCCAAAGGCAUUUUCGUGGUUGGAGGCAGAGACAUAACUACAAAAUAUCAAAACAAAAGGCUUUGAAGAGAAGUACAAACUUCAAGACAUUUGUUGAUAGAUAUCGAGCUCAUUGCAUUGAGAUAAUGAAAAGACACGGAGAAGAAAAUCCAAAAGUAUAUAUUGAAUUUGUUGAGCUCAAUGAAUACAUCGAGAAAAUACUCAAAUUUGAAAUCAACUUCCAGAUGAUGUUGCCCAAGGAUCAGGAUGGCUUGCCGUUUAAAGAAUUUCGAAAUUUCUAUACAAAAUGUCAACUUCAUCCAUCAUUAAAGGAAAUGCAAGAUGCCGCCCGUCUGUUUCAUCAAGACCCUGAAACAUUCAACGAGCACUUAUUUACAAAGAAAGAAAUUGUUGAUAUCUCUUUGCACAUUUACGUGCCCAGAGGCACCCAUAUGGUAGUUCGCAAGUCGACUUGGCUGAACCCAAUCAUUGACGGUAAAGAGGCUCUUGCAAUGCCAGCACCUAAGCGACUCGCAAAAGAUACAAGUGUCAAAAAAGCCAUGAAAGUGGUUGUAAAAGCGAAAAAAGAAAGAGAUGAAGACGAUGCAAAGCUGCUUGAAAAACUGGGCAGCCCAAACUACGGUCUAAGUACACUCUUGGAUGUUCAGCAAACGAGCACAAAGAAGUCUAAAAGUUCAACGAAACUGGGAAGGAAAAAGUAGUCUUUGCUACUUCCAAUACUUCCAUCAUCUGCCAAUACUGAAAAAAAACUUUGGGUCCAUUUAAAAUGGUAUUAAUUUUCCUGCAGCAAAUGCAAUUUUGCAACAAAGCAAAUUAAUAUAUGUUGGAGUAAGAUGUAGGCAGAAUAUUGUUAUUAUUAAAUAGGUCUUUAAAUAUACGUUUAGAGUUUGAGUAGGAGCUGGUUUAUUUAGCCAUGCUUGCUUGCUUAAAAAACAAACUGUUUUUCUUCUCAUGCUUCUUUAAUUUAAUAGUUUUGAAAAAAAUUAAAACUUGACUUCGAAUUAAAUAUGUUGCUUUUACACCGAAACCGAAGAUAGGUAACAAAUGUGUCUUAAGUUGGUAAAAGACAAAAUGACGUACAAAUGAUAUACAAAUUUGUCAAACAUCCACUUUUCACAAACUUAGCUUUCCCGGAGUUAUUGUCACUUGUAUCCCUGCGAAUUUCAUGUUAAUAUCUAUCAAAACAGUUUGAAAAAUUCAAGCCGAAUCAAGUUUUUUAUCCCUAUGGUUUCAAUUAAAUUUUUGAAAGAUUUCAACGCGACAUCCUCUCGUCCUUGAUUGAAUCAGAUAUACUUCA